AUGUUGUCCAAACGCAUGCUGUCGCGGGAGGAGGAAGAAGAGAUUGGCGAGGAGAAGGAAGUCCGCAAGGUCGACCAAGAAAGAAUCAACCGCUUCAGUCGCAUACACUCCCGUCAGAAAGCCCUGGAGGAUGAGUUGAAGGGCAAGCAGAAAGACAAGGAGGAUCUAGAGGAGAUAUCCACAGAGCUGGAGCUUGCGGAUGAGGACGAGAAAGUGCCCUACAAGAUUGGCGAAACGUUUUUCAACCUUCCCAUUCCAGAGGUCCAGGAGCUCCUGUCUUCAUCUGUUGAGAGGAUAGACGGAGAAGUCACAACGCUCGAAGAACGAAUCAGCGAGAUCAGCGAGGAGAUGUCAGACCUGAAGAGUGCUCUCUAUGGGCGAUUCGGUCGGAGCAUCAACCUGGAAGCUUGA